AUGAAACCGCCUCCAUGGAGAGAAUCGAUGGUGCCGACUACGGAGACCACCCCGGCUGUCCUCGACCGCGCACGUCAUCAGCACCAAAACCAGUUUGACGAAAAUGACGCCGUCAUUGAUAAUCUGCUGGCCGAGAAGUACAGGCUGCAGGGAGCCUACCUCGACCGCCCAACGGAUGAGAAUAAACACGCCUUCUAUAAAUGCCGUCGCCUAUCACAGCAACGAUUGCGAAAAAUGCAGGACUCCUGGAUGACUCGUAAGGCCGAGGAGAUCCAGACAUACGUCGACCACAACGACUGA